ACUUAGUAUAUACGUGGGCUCUCAGGACGCUUUCCCGGCUGGUUGAGAACACUGGUUUGGUAGUAGUACCGUACGAGAAACACCCUCCACUGUUGCCAUACAUGAUAGAGUUCCUCCGGGCUGAUGCACAGCAUUCAGGACAUACAGCUGCCAUACGAGCAAUAGGCACCCUCGGCGCUCUCGACCCGACACGUUUCGAUGCCCUCAAGCAGAUCGCCACCACCAUCCCAGUGAUGGACUCUAGUGGGAGCGGGCAGCAGACUUCCCAACCCUUCCAUGACUCGAGGCCUAGUAA